GGUUUUCUGAAACGCCUCCAUCCGGGGAUAACUCGAUAGCCGACCAAAGCCGCCGUCGGCGCGUCGUCGUCCGAGGUAAGGAAAAAUGGUAAAGUUUUUAAAACCAGGGAAGGCGGUGAUCGUCCUCCAGGGGCGGUUCGCCGGCCGGAAGGCGGUGAUCAUACGGUGCUUCGAUGAGGGCACCCGCGACCGCCCCUACGGCCAUUGCCUCGUCGCCGGCAUCCUCAAGUAUCCCAAGAAGGUCAUCCGCAAGGAUUCGGCCAAGAAGACGGCCAAGAAGUCCCGCGUCAAGGCCUUCUUGAAGGUGGUUAACUACAGCCACAUCAUGCCCACCCGCUAUACCCUGGAUGUGGAUCUCAAGGACGUCGUCUCCCUCGACGCUCUCCAGUCCCGGGACAAGAAGGUGGCCGCCUGCAAGGAGACCAAGGCUCGCUUCGAGGAGCGCUUCAAGACCGGCAAGAACCGGUGGUUCUUCACUAAGCUCCGCUUCUAGAGCGCUUCUAGAGAGAGGUAUACAGUUCAUGAGAUUGAUGCCCGCUGUCUAGGGUUUCUUUCGUAUUUUGUUCUCGAUCGCUUUGCUUGGUUGUCGUUAUGGUUAUGUCUGGUGUCAUUUGGAUUUGUUAUUGGAUCUAGUAGACCUUUUAAUGUAACUGGUACUUAACUGUUUUUGCUUGGUUAUAUGUAGGAUGAAUGGAUCCGGAUGAGCACAAUUAUGAAAAAUGCUUUUAUUAAAUUGUGGGUUUUAAUCCGUGUAUUUUUUUGU